ACUCGAGAGUCCGAUCUUACUUACCAAUAUGAAAGCCUUCUUCGUUAUGUGCGCCCUCGUGGCCUGCGUCGCCGCCGAAAGUGAGAAACGCGAGAAGCGUGGCUUCCUCAGCGGCCUCCACUCGUACAGCGGCGGCAUCAGCGGAGGCUACCACGGAGGAUACAGCAGCGGCUACAGUGGCGGCCAUGGAGGCUAUGGUGGAUACGGUGGAUACAGUGGCUACUCAGGCUACUCUGCGCCCUCGAUCAGCUACUCCGCGCCCGCCGCCAAGGUCGUGACCGUCAACAAAGUAGUCAACACCCAACGCGUCGUCGAAGUCCCACAAGUCGUGAACGUGCGCAAAGUGGUGUCUGUGCCUCAAGUAGUCUCCGUGAACAAGGUGGUGGCCGCUCCCAGCUACAGCUCUUACAGCAGCGGCCUGUCCGGCUACGGCUACGGAUCCGGCUACAGUUCCGGACACGGCUAUGGCUCCGGAUACGGAUCCGGCUACAGCUCCGGUUACGGCUCCGGCUACGGCUCUGGCUACGGCUCGGGCUACUCAAGCGGUUGGUGGUGAACGACUUAGAUAAGACUAAUCUAAUUACUGUGAUCUUAUAUGUAAUCA